CAACCAAUGAGAUCCUGAUGUGUCUCUGUCCUGGCUCCAUUCAUUGCCUUCGAGAUCUGCAUCUGUGUAUAUGACCAUGAGAAGGAAGUGCCAUUCAUUAUCCCUUGAAUUUAUCAUUGAUUGUAUCGCCAUGAAACCUCUUUUUUGAUUCCAUAGGACUCUCCUGGAGUCGCUCCUAGCCAGAACGCGGCCGUGGCCCGCUUACUCCCAGAGACAAAGCAACCAUGCCAGAUAGCUCGUCAAGCCCGCACACUCCACAGAAGAGGUCGCUUGGAGAGAAACUUCGAAGCCCAUUCCAUCCGAGACCUGCCGACGACGAUGAACCACAAAACUGGUGGAUAGCAUCGACGGCAAUCCCGCUCAUUGCUGCCACAACAGCUCCCCUGGCAAAUGUCAUGUCCAUUGUGGCGCUAGUUUCAUCAUGGAAGGUGACGGUUCUGACCCAGACCGAUUCGUUCGGGCAACCCAUCCAGAAGUCCGUGGGAGACCCACGAUGGUGCAUUGCUCUCAAUGCGACAUCCCUUGCAUGCGGCUUGGUGGGUAACUUGUUCCUACUGUUCAACUUCACCCGGACGGUGCGGUACAUCCUUGCGUUGCCCGUAUCGAUCAUCCUCUGGUUCCUUUCAACCUCCAUCUUGAUCGGUAUCACAUCGGCAAUGCAUGUCUAUUCUCCUCCCGUACCUCCCAAUGAGACGUACUCGCAGGCAUACUGGAGUGCAGUGAUUGCCGCAGUGCUCUACUUCAUUCUCGGCGUGAUACUGCUGAUUAACAUGCUCGGAUAUGUUCUCGGACACUAUCCGCAGUAUUUCGCAUUGACUGACGGCCAGCGCACGCUCAUUCUGCAGACGACUGCCUUCGUGGUCUGGCUCAUAAUCGGGGCCGCGAUUUUCAGCAAUGUGAUCGGCAUCUCCUUCGCAGAUGCGCUCUACUUCUCGGAUGUCACCAUCCUCACGCUGGGCUAUGGCGACAUCACGCCCACGACCCCUGUGGCAAGGGGUCUCGUCUUUCCGUACGCGGUCAUCGGCAUGAUCAUCCUGGGUCUCGUGGUCAACAGUGUCCUGCAGUUCGCGCACGACAUCCAGUACAAACAGGUGAUACGCAAGCACGUGGAACGCAAGCGCCAAGCAACCGUCAGCCGCUCCGUGUCCAUCGAGCCCGGAGCGGCCUCCCAGCUCGAAUACAAGCCCCGGCACUCCGGCCGACCCGUCCGGAGCACGAUCGAUGCGUUCGCUCUGAUGGGCCGCCCGAAGCAGGUGGUCAUGAAGGAGGAGAAAGACCGCUUCGACGCGAUGCGGGCCAUCCAGCGGGAAACGCUCUUCUUCCGGCGAUGGUACAACCUGGUCCUGAGCUUGAUCAUGUUCGGCAUUGUCUGGACGAUUGGCGCGGUAGCCUUCUGGCAGAUGGAGAACAUCACGUACUUCCAAGCGCUCUACUUCGGCUUCUGCUCGCUGCUGACGAUCGGGUACGGCGACAUCACCCCGUCGACCAACGCCGCCAAACCCUUCUUCAUCGUCUGGUCCCUCGUCGCCGUGCCCACCAUGACCACCCUCAUCUCCGAGAUGAGCGACACCAUCGUCGCGGGCUUCAAGCACGCCACCGACGUCGCGGCCGACUGGACUGUGCUCCCCCAAUCCGGCCGCUACGCGAAGUUCGUCCGCAAGAUCCCGCCGCUAUACACGGCGCUCAAGCACCGCGAAGAGCACAAGCGCGUCGCCGAGGGCUUCCCCAUCGGGCCCGCCGCCGCCGACGGGGACCGGGACCCGGAGAGCGGCGCCAAGAGGUCCAACCACCUGUCCCCGAGCACUAGCCCUCAGGACGGCGGCGGCGGCAGCAAGCCGGAGGCAAAGCCCAUUGAGCAGCUCGCGAAAGAACCGGGCCCUGCCGAAGAAGGCCCGGUCUCCAACAUCCAACUAGCGCAAAAGCUGGCGCUCGCGAUCCAGCGCACGACGCGGGACGCCCUGAACGAGGAGCCGAAGCAGUACACGUACGAGGAAUGGGUCGAGUUCACGCGGCUGAUCCGGGCGACGGACCCGACGUCGAGCGUCGAGCUGCACGAGGACGAGUACGGCGUGCUGAACUGGGACUGGAUCGGCGAGACGAGCCCCAUGCUGGCCAGCCAGACCGAGCCGGAGUGGGUGCUGCAUCGGCUCUGCGAGAGCAUGAUCCGGUGUCUGGACGCGACGGCGAAGACCCGUGGCGUGGGCGAGCGGGAGGAAGACGAGCCGACGCUGCGGAAGGAGCGGGCCAUCAGGUUCGCUGAGGGUUGAUUUUUGGAUGUACUGUACUUCUCUCAUAUUCUUCCCUGUAUUCAUGAUUCUCUUGCUUUGGUUUUACCCUUGGAACUCUGCAUAUAUUCGAUUCUACUGUAAUCAUAUA